UUGGUUUUGUGAUAUUAUAAGUGCCCCCUUUUCGCUUAAUUCACGCUUAAUUAAUAACACAAACUCUUAAUUUAACGACAUUUAACACUUCCAAAUAGAUAGGUAGCUUAAAAUUUAAGACUUCGAUCGUUUUUGUUAAAAGUGUUCAACUUAUAUUUACUUGCGAACUGUGCUGGUAUUUAUUUAUCAAAAACUUAAUUUAAGUAUUUACUUGAUCGUAUAAAGUAAUUUAUGAUUUAAAGUUUUGUUACGAAGUGCUUUUGUUAUUAAAGAAUUAGGUAAAAUGGCCAAAUUGUCUCUUACACUGUGCGUUGUAAUAAUUGCUGCAACCUUCAUCAUACCUACAUGUGAUGGUUUUCGAGGUAGGAGCUUUGGCAGAGGCAGUAGCAAGCAUGAUGCUAAUCCUUCACCAAAGCAGGGUGCUCCAAUGGCAGCUGGCGGGGGCUACGGCCCUGGACAAGGCCCAAGUCCCAGCCCUGCUAGACGAGGUCUUGGUAUAUCUGCGUGGGGCUUAAUAACUGUCAUAAUAUCAAUAAUUUUAGCAAUGGCUGGCAUGUACUACUUCUCCAUUUGUUAUCCAGUUAUGUGCAAGAAAUCUCGAAAAUAUGAUAUGAUCGGUUUAGCUAAUGCAGUUUAGGAAUAGUAUUAAUACUUUUCAGAAACAUGUACUGUAAUUGAAAAAAGUUUGUCAUCUUUUGAUGUAAAUGUGAUACUCUUGUAUUUUUGGAACAAAUUUUUAGUGUGGUUGUGAGGUAUACAAAUAAAUAUUAGACUGAAACAUAUAGCUAUAACAAGCUAUGCUCCACUAUUUUUAAAUGAUAAUUAUUUUUAUAGAACUAUUUUAUAGCAGUAUACAUUUUAUAUUGAAUAUAAAUUAAAAUAGUGUUCAUUCGUAUUAAGUAGAUGUAAGUUUCUUUUAAGUUAUGCAUGUUUUAUUUGUGUACUCUAAAGGAUGUAUCAAUUUUCAUUUUCCAUAAUUAAUGUGCUCUAUUGUAUAAUUU